UAUGUUAAAUGGCGGGAGGAGUUGGUCAACAAUACAUUUGAAGCAUCUGGAUUUUCUUGCUCUCAACUAAAGUCUAAGAGAUCAAGGAUCUUUCGCUCGCUUUGCCAUGACCAGACUGAGGUUAAACAAUUUCGUUUAAGUGAAGACAAUCUUUUCCUCCAAAAUCCUGAGUCAAAAAACUUGAAAACUGAAACCUGAGGUGAAAGAAAAAUUUCUAGCUAGUUCGAGAACCAUAAUCCAUGGUGAGUGUCACAGAUAUUGCAUUGGCGGUCUUAGGGAAAAUAUCCAAUCUCCUUAUUCAGGAGUCAGAUUUACUGCUUGGUGUAGAUGCUGAAAUCGAACAGAUUGAAAGCAUACUGCGAGAACGGGUAUAUGCUACAUCCAGGUCCGUGGUCAACGCAAAGAAUUUAAGGGAAGUUCUCUACGACAUUGAAGAUGCCAUUGAUGAGUUGGUUACUAGAGCAGCACAUACAAGGAACAGAUUUGCUUUCUUUCGUGAUGCGGUGGCUUCUGUUGAUUUACCGAAACAUUUCUUUUAUGUUUUGGCUAUCGAUGAUCUGAUAAAUCAUUACCAUUUCCAUAAGAAGUUGAAGCAGCACAGGGGUUCUGUUCGCUUUGGCUAUGAUUGGCAUGCUGCUUUACGGAAACGAUCCUUUGGCCUCCACCAUCUGAGAAGAGCGUCUAGAAAAGUACCCGAUAAAGAGAAUUCAAGAGAAGUUGUUUACAACAUCCAAGAUGACAUUGAUGAGUUUGUAUUGAAAGUAAGAAAUAGAAGGUGGAGAGUUGCUCUCCUCAACUCUGUUUUGGCUUUUGCUGAUUUGCCAAAACAAUUCUCUUAUGUUUUGGCUUUAACUGAUCUAAUAGAUCAUUAUGAAAUGCGUAAGAAGUUGGAACAGCUCAAGCGCUCGCUUUCCUACAGUUACUGCUUUGACCAUAGGCCGUGUGCCGGUUUAUGGAAAAGCUCCUUUGGCCUCGACCUCAAUGCUGCCAGUACAAUUACUUCUCCUGUUAUAAAUAAAUUAGAAGGUUUGGUUGCCCAAGAAUUGCUCAUCAAUCCUGCUGUGAGAAAGCGAGCCAGGUGGUUAAGAGAUGAAUUCAAGUAUUUGGAUGAAUUCAUACGACAAGCUGACUCAAAAGAGUUAACUGAGGUAGGGAUGACAUGGAUGGAGGAACUUUGUGAUGUUUGUAGAUCAACUGAGAAUGUUGUUGACCUCUUCAUGAACUAUCAACAACAACAUAUGAUGAACAGCAGCAGAAAACUUUUAAAAAACUUGAUUUUUGCUCCACAAAAUUUCAUUUCUCAGCAAAAACUUGCCAAUCAGAUGGCACGGAUCAAAGAUAGAAUCUAUGUUAUUUCCCUUAGAAGAGACCAGGCCUUCACAAGUCAUGUGUCACUACAUGGAAGAAUAUAUUCUCGGAGAGGGUUUUACUCAUUUCAUGCUUCAAAUCAACUUGAUAUGGUAAGCUUUGACGAGGAUGUAGAUGCAGUUACUGCACAGCUGUUGAAAGACGAUCCUUGUUGCGUAACUAUUUCAAUUGUAGGUGUCAAAGGAAUUGGCAAGACUAGCCUUGCGAGUUUAAUCUACAACAGCCAAGCUAUUGCAUAUCAUUUCCCUGGCCGUGUUUGGAUGUCUGGCGAAAGAAUGUUCUCUAAUGAAGAAAUUAUGAAAAAUGUAUUGCACCUUAAAGAUGAUCAAGAUCUAAGAUUCCAUUUAAAUGAGAGAUAUGAUAGCUAUAGAGAUAGGGUGAGGCAAAUCGUCAAUGCCCGCUUGACAGAUAAGAAGCAUCUCAUUGUUAUUGAUGGUUACCGGUAUGCAAAUGCAUUCUGGAAAAAAAUGGGAUUUUUAUUCAGUGAGGUAUCAAAUGGCACAAGAAUAUUAUUCACUGUUUCUCAUCAAAAGAGAUCUCCACCAGUCACUGAGACCGAUUUUACAUACAGAUUGCAUUUGCGAAGUGAUGAUGAGAGUUGGGCAUUAUUUGCACAUACUUUGAACAUAAGAAUCCCCCUUGAGCUAGAAAAUAAUUUAAAGGAAGAUAUUUUAAGAAGAUGUGGAGGUCUGCCAGAGGUGAUAGUGGAACUAGGAAAACGGAUAUCGCAGAGGAAUGCAACUCUAGAGGAAUGGUCGACUAUUCUUAGCCAAUUUAUUCAAGAUGAAGAGCCAUGGUCAGAAAUAUUGGAGGAGAUUAACAAACAUUUGCCUUUGUAUUUGAGGCGAUGUCUUUUUUAUUUUGGAUUAUUUCCGGCAAGUUAUACGGUCCCUGCUAGAAGAUUGGUUGCCUUGUGGGUUGCAGAGGGCUUAGGACGUCAACAGGAUGAUUCAAAACCUCCUGAGUAUGUUGCAGAGGAAUAUUUGAGGGAGUUGGUGAACGAGAACAUGGUUCAAGUGACAAAAAGGAGUCUCAAUGGAAAGAUUAAGACUUGUUGCCUACCUGAGGCUCUGCGACUGCACUGGUAUACCAAAGCUAAGGAAGCUAAUUUUCUCAAAGGCCACAAUGACAAGAGUGGUGGAACACGCCGUCUUGCAGAUCAUCUUGACCCAAAUGAUGCUCUCUUCAAUCACAUCCAUGGUAACAACUCAACUUCUCUUUACCCUUGCUAUAGCAAUGUUGUUUCUUUUUUAUCGUUUGAUACUCGAGAAGAUAGAAAAGCAGGGGAAGAUAUAGGCAAGUUUCUUGAUCGAUGCAUCUCUAGCAAUUGCUUCCACUUCUUAUGGGUGUUGGAUCUUGAACGCAUAUUCAAGCCAAAACUACCCAGGGCAGUAACUCAGCUCAUUCGGUUAAAGUACCUUGGUUUGAGGUCAACUUAUCUAGAGAUACUUCCAGUGUUCAUUGACAAAUUGCUCGGUCUUCAAACAUUGGACUUGAAAAGAACUUGCAUUACAAAUCUUCCUAGAUCAAUAUGGAAGAUGCGGAAACUGAGACAUUUGUUCUUGGAUGAGAGUUCUCGCAGCAUAUUUGUCCCUCGUCAAGAAGGUACAGUUUUCACGGAGCUUCAAACUCUAUGGGGAGUCUUUAUCGAUGAAGACAGUCCAGUGAAAAAUGGCUUAGACACCUUGUCAAAUAUUACAAGAUUGGGGCUGAAGUGCAAGAUAUCAUCACCAUCUCAAAAAGUGGCAAUGUCCUCUCAGCUGGAAACUGUCGAAAAUUGGGUUGGAAGUCUAAAAAAACUUCAGUCCUUGAGGUUGAAAUCAUUUGAUGAAUCAAAUCAGCCAUGGGAUCUACACUUGCAGUCUUUAGUAAGCCAUGUGGAUCUUACGAGUAUAUACUUGGUUGGAAAAUUUAAGAAUCCGCAUUUGGUGUCCGAGCUCCCUAAGAACCUCAUGGAGCUGACCUUGUCAGCAUCUGAUAUAGCAGAAGACCCAAUGCAAAUGUUGGAGAACCUUCCUAGUCUUAAAAUCCUGAUAUUUCUAUUAGGAUCAUAUACCGGAAAGAAAAUGUUGUCCAAGUGUGGAGGAUUUCCGAAGCUUGAAGUUUUUAAAUUAAAGAAACUGGUGCAAUUGGAGGAAUGGAACAUGGAGGAAGGAUCGAUGCCAUGGUUGAAGGAAUUAGAUAUCGAAUCCUGCUGUAAUUUAAAAAUGCUUCCCAACGGGCUGCGGUUUGUUAGGUAUCUCAGAGAAGUGAAACUAAUAAAACUGGCAAUGUUGUCAUCGAAACUGAUGGAUAAACAAAGUGAGGACUGGAAUAACAUUUCCCAUGCGCGGCAUGUCCUUGUAGAAGAUUGAUAUUGCUAACAAGAACUCCCAACUGUAAUAAUAAGUAUGUAUUUCUCGGUUCUACAACUUGCAGUUCCAUUUAAGUUCUUGAGUUGUUUUCAUUGGUCAGUUUUUAUCAAUCUUAACAGUUAUUUUGCAAUUUUUAACUUAAUUGGUGAUGAACAUAUCUUUAUUUAUUCAAUUACUAUCUGUUUGAUGUGGUUUAAUUGCAA